UUAAAUUAAUAAAGGAGGAGGAAGAGGAGGAGACUGCAGUCUGCCUGCACAUCGGUUGUAUCUCCAUCUCAUCUUCCUGUCCUGCCUCGCCUCCAGACAUCGAUCCGUUCCGUCUCUCGAACCCACCGCAGGUCACUUUGCUCUCUCUCUGGAUCCGAGUCCCGAUCCUUCCCCCCCACUGAGCAGAAAUGAGUGGUGAGGCAAAUGCAAAUGAAGGAGGUGAAGGAAGCCAAUCCCAACCUCAGAAUCAGCGACCCGUUCCUCGCCUGAACGAGAGGAUCCUUUCCUCACUGUCCCGGAGAUCUGUUGCUGCCCAUCCUUGGCAUGAUCUCGAGAUUGGACCCGGUGCUCCCCAUAUUUUCAACUGUGUUGUUGAGAUAACUAAAGGAAGCAAGGUCAAAUACGAACUUGACAAGAAGACCGGCCUCAUUAAGGUUGACCGGAUAUUAUAUUCGUCAGUUGUUUAUCCUCACAAUUAUGGCUUCAUCCCUCGCACUUUAUGUGAAGACAAUGAUCCACUAGAUGUGUUAAUCCUGAUGCAGGAACCAGUCCUUCCUGGCUGCUUCCUACGUGCUAGGGCCAUUGGACUGAUGCCCAUGAUUGACCAGGGAGAGAAAGAUGACAAGAUCAUUGCAGUAUGUGCUGAUGAUCCGGAGUACAAACACUACACGGACAUCAAAGAGCUUCCCCCCCAUCGCCUUUCUGAAAUCCGCCGCUUUUUUGAAGACUACAAGAAGAAUGAAAACAAGGAGGUAGCUGUCAACGAUUUUCUGCCCUCAACAACUGCCAUUGAAGCCAUCCAGUAUUCAAUGGACCUUUAUGCUGAAUACAUUUUGCACACCCUGAGGCGAUAAUAUUGCGGGCUUUCUUUCAAGUUCAGCAAGAUGUUUGACAAAGCAAUGGAUGGAAUGUUGUCAAGAUCUGUUUUUAUUAUGUUCAUGCUUGGUUUUAUCCGUCUCUGCCCACUUGGUUGGACUUCUGGUGAAUAAUCGGUGAUGGUGGUAUCCUGAUGUAGUGGACUAAUAAUUUGCUGAGAGAAUUUCGAUAUGAGAAUUCUAUGAACCAUUGAUUUUCUUGUGUU